UUAAUUUGAAAGGUGUUUAGUUGUAAGUCUAAAAGCAGAAAUCAAUAAAGCACCUUUAUAUUGAACUAUAAUUCGUGGUAUUUAAAUUAUAGUUUUGAUUUAAUUGCUGUGUACUUACCCAAACGUGUUCGAGUAAUGUAUUGAAAGCGCGCGAAAUGCGUUAGACUGGUCUACUCCCAAACAUAGGUUUCCAUCAUAUCUAAACAUGUAUCAUUUUAAGAAAAUCAUAAUAUUUUAUGACAUUUGAUACUUUGUUUAGCAUUCCAUCAUGUUUUCCUAAUUGUUUGAAAAACUUCAUUCCUGGUAUAUAAAAGAUGUCGAGAAAUCGGUUAAGAUGACUGUAGACAACUAAUCAUUGAGCCAUGACAUUACUGUACUUGCUGUUUUGUAUUAUAUCAAGGGUUUUUACAGUUUACGGAGAUAUGAACGGUACAAAUGUGUAUUGCCCUUAUUAUAGGAUAGGGCCCAAAUUAGAUGUAUUCGAUUUGAUGGGUAAUUGGAUGACGGUGUAUACGCAGCCGAAAGCAGUCAACUGUUUUAUGCUUAAUAUAAGAGGAAUAACUGAUGGGGAUCGAGAGCAAUACAUUCACAAAUAUGGAAACUUCAGUGGAGCGGUGGAUUGGUACAAUUGUUAUCUGGAAGUGGAUUCACCUCUCGGAAAACAUGUGUUUCAAGGCGACGGCAGUGAUUCCGGUGUUCUAGAGAAUAUAAUUAUCUUUGAAUCUGAUGACGGUAAGUACACGCUGCACGAGCAGAGCGCAGACCAGUGGGUGCUGCACGGUCCGCGGGGCGCUGAGUUGGCCGUGAUGCGCGAUUGCGCAGGCGCAGCGACGGCAGUGUUUGCUCGAGUGCCGCACUGGCCUACGCCGCACCAGCUAUACGCAAUCCUUCACCGCAGCGGCGUCAACGCGGUAACGCUCGGCCGCAUCCUCUGUGAGCCCCACACCGCGCACAAACCCAAACGGGCUGUCGAUUUCUUCAUUAAUAAAGCUUUAAGAUAGAUCUAAGUG